ACGGAAAAGUAUUUAUUUCAAAAUUUGUCUAUCAAGUACUAUAUAAGUUAAGUUCAAACAAGUGAAUUUUGACGUCAGCAUAUAUAGUUUGACUCAUUCUUCAUAUAAAACCAAACCACACGAGUCACGACUCUUUCUCUCUCUCUCAAAACUCAAAGAUUUGGCUCUCUCUCUCUCUCAAACUCUCUUUUCGUCGGAGAAAAGCCAAAAAGAUAUGAGGAGCGAUGAUCUCUACAUCACCACCGUCCCUUGUUUCUUCCAAUGUCCAAUAUCACUUGAUCUUAUGAAAUCUCCGGUGAGUCUCUCCACCGGCGUUACCUACGACCGAGUUAGUAUCCAGCGUUGGCUCGACGGUGGUAACAACACUUGUCCCGCCACUAUGCAGAUUCUUCCCAACAAAGACUUCGUUCCUAACCUAACUCUCCACCGUCUCAUCGAUCUCUGGUCCGUCUCCAACCACCGUCGUACCGAUUCUCAGUCCCAUGCUCCGACGAAAGACGAUAUUAACGCUGCGAUUGAGAGAUUCCUUAUCGAUAAAAAUGAUUGCCUCGUAUUAUCGAAGAUUCUCCGAUUCGCUAGUGCUUCUGAUGAGAACAGAGAGUUUCUCGCCGCAAAAGAAGAUUUCUUAAGGAUGCUUGUGGAUCUCAUUAGCCAAUUAGAUUCCAAAAACUUCUCCGACUCCAAAUUAAUGCUCGUCGGAGAGGCGAUGAAGAUUCUGAGCACGAUUCGUCGGAAAAUCUUCGAUCGGAGACGGUUGUCGAAUCUGAUCUUAACCAACGGUGGAGAUUGCUUGACGUCUUUAUUACUAUUGAUUAAAAACGGGAACACAAAACUGAAGAUCGAUUGCUCCGCCGUGCUUGAGUUUAUCGCCGUCUACGCCGAGUCAAAGCUCUUAAUCGCCGAGAGAGACGAAAUCAUCACCGAGAUUAUGAAAUCGAUAAGCUCAGACUCCGAUUCAACCUUAAUCGAAGCGAGCUUAUCCUUUUUAAUUGCGAUCGCGUCUUCAAAACGAGUGAAACUCACAUUAAUCGGAGAGAAGAAGCUAAUCACGAAGCUCACGAAUUUGUUAACAGAUCCAACGACGAGCGUUUCAGUGACGGAGAAAUGCUUAAAGCUUAUCGAAGCUCUUUCGUCUUGUAAAGAAGGUCGAUCGGAGAUUUGUGAUGGUGUGUGCGUUGAGACGGUGGUGAAGAAGCUGAUGAAAGUGUCGACGGCGGCCACUGAACACGCCGUUACGGUUUUGUGGAGCGUCUGUUAUCUUUUCAAGGAAACGAAGGCGCAAGAUGCCGUUGUCAGGACUAACGGCGUGACGAAGAUACUUUUGCUUUUACAGAGCAAUUGCUCACUUACCGUUAGGCAUAUGCUGACGGAUCUUCUCAAGGUGUUAAAGAUGAACUCCAGAUCAUGCCUUUCCGUAUACGAAACCAAAACGACACACAUUACGCCGUUUUGAUUUAUUUUUCUCCCCCUACGUAUCAAGAAGUUCUUUAGGGAUGAUUGUUCUUAGUUUAGUUUAAAAAAAUAUUCGAGUAAUAUAAAAACAAAAUUUUUGGAAGGUGAAUUGUAAACAAAUGAGAUUCAAUUUAAUUAGAGUUGUUGCCACGGUCACAAUUUAAUAGCAAAUCAUUCAAUAA